UUUAACAGUUAAAUUAAGAAAUCAUACAAAGCAAUGAAUGUAGAAACAAAUAUAGAUCCACUUGUUCAUGACUGUAUUCCCAUCCAAGAGCUACUGAAAGAAUAUCAAGAAAAUGAGACUUUUUAUAAAAAAAUAAAAGCCUUAGGAAACAUGUCAUUAUAUCGGAUAAAACGAGAUGGUGAUUGUUUUUAUCGAGCUUUAUGUUUUGGAUGGCUUUGGACAUUAAUGCAUCAAACACCAAGAGAUUCUGAAAAGAAUAUAAUUGAAUUUAGUAGAACAACAGAACUACUUCAGAAAAGUGGUUUUGAAUUAUUAUCGUAUGAAGACUUGUAUGAAGAAGCGUUGUUGGCAUUAAGUCUUCUUAAACCAGACGAAAAUCAGGAUAAUCAAGCUAAAGAAAAGGAACUACUUACUCUUAUGAACAUUCCUGAGAAAAGCAAUGCUAUUGUUGUAUAUUUUCGCUUUCUGACAAGUGCUUAUAUUAAACAAAACGCCCAUAAAUAUGCACCAUUUCUAGAUGUUCCUAGUGUGGCUGAUGUCUUUGCUUUUUGUCAAAACACUAUAGAAUGCAUUGGAAAGGAAGCAGAUCAUGUCAUGAUCAAUGCUUUAUCCAAAGCACUUCAAGUUUGCAUCCAUAUUUAUUAUAUCGACAGAAGUGAUUCAGACCAAGCUAAAAAAUAUGAGUUUACAGUAGAAAACGAAAACCCAAUAACAAUAUGUCUUUUGUAUCGUCCUGGACACUACGAUUUUAUUAUAGAUAAAUAAUUCUAUUCAUUAUAUU